AUGGGAACGUUUCAGAGCUUCAGAAAAGCCUAUGGAGCUCUCAAGGAUUCUACCAAGGUUGGCCUUGCCAAAGUCAAUAGCGAAUACAAGGAGUUGGAUAUUGCAAUUGUAAAAGCUACCAAUCACGUGGAAUACCCUCCCAAGGAGCGUCAUGUUCGAAAAAUAUUUUAUGCAACAUCAGCACACCAGCCUCGAGCAGAUGUAUCAUACUGCAUUCAUAAACUUUCUAAGAGACUUUCCAAAACACGAAGCUGGAUAGUUGCUAUAAAGGCAUUAAUAGUCAUUCAUAGGACUUUGAGAGAGGGUGAUCCUACCUUUAGAGAAGAGAUCCUUAACUACUCACGCAGGGGACAUAUUCUCCAAAUAUCCAAUUUCAAAGAUGAUUCAAGUCCUCAAGCAUGGGAUUGUUCUGCAUGGGUUCGAACCUAUGCACUAUUUUUGGAAGAAAGACUUGAAUGCUUUAGGGUGCUCAAAUAUGAUAUAGAAUCAGAACGUUUGACAAAAGCAUCACCAACUGCAACUAAAGCACACAGUAGAACUUGAUCACUGAAUAGUGAGGAGCUGUUGGGGCAGUUACCUGCACUGCAACAACUCCUAUAUCGUCUUAUUGCUUGUCAGCCUGAAGGAUGCUCUUAUAGCAACUACCUAGUGCAGUAUGCAUUGGCUCUGGUUUUGAAAGAAAGUUUCAAAAUAUAUUGUGCACUCAAUGAUGGAAUCAUCAAUCUCGUGGAUAUGUUCUUUGAUAUGACAAGGCAUGACGCAGUGAAGGCUCUAAACAUUUAUAAAAGAGCUGGUCAACAGGCUGAGAAUCUUGCUGACUUCUAUGAAUAUUGCAAGGGCUUGGAACUUGCCAGGAAUUUCCAGUUUCCAACACUGAGACAGCCACCUCCCUCUUUCCUUGCAACUAUGGAAGAAUACAUUAGAGAAGCACCUCAAACAGGAUAUGUUAACAGGAGAUUGGAAUAUGAAGAAAAUGAUGAAUCAUCUAAAGAAGAUUCAGAAUCCGAUGAAACUGAAGAGCCUGAAGAAAAUGAAGAACACUAUGAGGAAUUCAACGAGGAAGAUUCGGUAGCAGGGGAUGAAGCACAAUCUAAGGAGGAGGUGGAGGUGGAGGUUGAGCCUCCUCCUUUGAUAUCAACCGAUGAUGGUGCAAAUGAUUUGUUGGGACUUAAUGAAAUAAAUCUAAAAGCUAUGGAACUGGAGGAAAACAAUGCUAUGGCUCUUGCAAUUGUACCACCUGGAAGUAACCCAAACAAUCUUACUUUGAGUACCAUUGAUGGAACUACUGGUUGGGAACUUUCAUUAGUUACAGCACAAAGUAAACAUACUGGUCAAGCCACAGAUCGCAAAAUGGUUUGUUUCUCUACCAUAGCCGGUGGUUUUGAUACACUGUUAUUGGACAGUCUGUAUGAAGAUGAAAAUGCCAGAAGACAACUUCAACUCCAAAAUGCAGGUUAUGGACAUGGAGGAACCGCCAUGGAUGUACAGAACCCUUUUGAUCAUUAUAACCAACAAGAUCCUUUUGUAAUGUCCAACAACAUAGCACCUCCAACCAAUGUGCAAUUGGCACUAAUGGCUCAACAGCAACAACAGCAGCAGAUGAUGUUCCAACAUCCACAAAUGUUGUACCAACAACCACAACAACACAACAUGAUGAUGAUUCCUCACCAGCAGCAACCACAAAACCAAUACUCUCAACAGAUGCACAAUCCAGAUUCUCAUAAUCCAUUUGGAGAUCCUUUGCCAUUACCAAACUAUAAUCAGAAUUACAUGCCCCAACAAGGAAAUUACAAUUUAAUGUAG